AUGUCACAGAAUCAGAUUCCUGAUCUUUCUCUACAAAUUAGUCUCCCAAACAGUGCUGUUUCAUCAAUUUGCACAACUAAUGAAGUUGAUGAUUUGGAUUCACCUUUUGAUAUAUGGAAAAAUGUUCAUGAAGGUUUCAAAUCUCAUAGUGAUGGCUUUUCAUCUUCAUUCAAGAAAAAUGGUGAUACUUUUCAAAGAAUUGAUGAUACUGAACUUUCAUUAACAACAACAAUAGCUCCUUCUGAAGCUGAGAGUCUUUGGAAGAGAAAAAGCUUUGUUAGAUUAAGACCCUUUAAUGGAAUCCCUUACAAUCCUUCAAUAUUAGAGAGAGAUUCAAAUUUUUCUCUUUAUCCUUCUUGCUCUUCUGGUAAUAAUGGUUUUGAGGGUGUUAAGCAAGUUUCGAGGUUUAAUGGAAUAACUAUGGAGAGUUUAAGAGCUCACAAGUUUCAAUACUUGAAUUUGAAUCAACAUCAAAUUCUACAACAACAACAGCAGCAACAACAACAAAAGUAUAAUCAGUUUGGAAAUUCCGAGUUUGGAAAUGGAUUUGUAAGGUCAAGAAUGAUGAUGCCAAGGCAACAAAGUAAUAAGAGGAACACGAGGGCUCCAAGAAUGCGGUGGACUAGUUCGCUUCAUAAUCGAUUCGUUCACGCCGUUGAACUUCUCGGCGGCCAUGAAAGAGCAACACCUAAGUCAGUUUUGGAGCUAAUGGAUGUGAAAGAUCUAACACUAGCUCAUGUGAAGAGCCAUUUACAGAUGUAUAGAACUGUUAAAAACACUGACAAGCCAGCAGCUUCUUCAGAUGGAGAUGAGAAUUUCAUGUCGCUAACACCACCUCAUAAUCAAAAUAAUUUAUCUCUAGAUCAUGAUAUUAGCUUCAUUUCCAACAAUCUAUGGGGAAAUUCAUCUUCAAGUAAGGGAACAUGGACACAAGGUAGUUCCAGAGACUUUGAUGAGCAUAGUACAGAAGAAAUGCUAUCAUCUCAUCUUAUUGGGAACACUCCUCAGGGAAACAACUAUAUACAAUCAAGAAGCUUCAAGGAUCAAAACAUAGAUUGUCAGAAGAAUCCAAACUUGGAUUUCACUUUAGGGAGAUCAAAUUAA